AUGGAUGCUAUGCUUUCAGUGUUUGAGUCAACUGAAAAUGAAGAUGUUGAUUAUAUUGUGAUGAUGAAGCAGUUGAGCUUGUAUCGUGACCGUAAAGAAUCUUUUGAUAAAACUUCAUGUCAUAGAGCAGCACAUAAGCUAGAUCCUUAUGAAUGGUGGUCUUUUUAUGGAAGUUCUGUUCCAGAGUUGCAAAAUCUUGCAAUGCGUAUUCUUAGCCAAACUUCUUCCUCUUCUGGUUGUGAGAGAAAUUGGAGCUUGUUUGAACGCAUCCAUACCAAAAGAAGAAAUAGAUUGGAACAUCAAAGACUAAAUGAUUUAGUCUUUACAAACUACAAUCUACGAUUGAAGAAUAGGAGCCAAUUGAAGAAAAAGAUAAGUUUUGAUCCAAUUGAUUAUGAAUCUAUUGACAAAUUGGACUUUUGGAUUGCUGAAGAGGAACAAGAGCCAGCUCCAGAGUUUGAUGCUGAUGAUGUCAUUAAUUUAGAAAGUGCUAUGCAUAAUGAGAAUGUUGUAGCUUCAUCAACUUCUGAGAGAAAUAAUGAAGGUGAAGAAGAUAUGAAUAUUUCAGAGCAUCCAUAUUUGAAUGAUGAUGUUGGAAGUGGUUCUGGUUUCUCUCAAUCAUCUCCUAAUGUUUCAAUCCUUACUCCCGCAGAUUUGAAUGAAAUUAAUGAGGAUUUUGGUAAGAAAUCGGUUUCACCACGCAGUUGCCCAUACACAGAGAAAUCCUUCAGAAUAUAUUCAUUGACAAACAUGCUUCAAAUGGGUGCGAAGUCAGUAUACCAUAAUGGAAAUAUGCAGCGAAUAAUAAAGGUGAACCUGACUGCUCAAACUCAGUCAGGAACCUAA